UUAUGAUAAAAAAAAACUACCUGAAUAUUCUAACAAAUUAACAACUAUAACUAAUGCACAUUUUGUACUAAAUACUAUACCAAAUGUUUAUAAACUGCUAGAGCUAGAAGAGUCUUCUAGGAAACUUUGUGAUCUUCGGGAAGGCCUUGCGCAUGAACAUCCUUCAAGUUUUAUUGAAUCCGUAUCGUCAAGAGUCCUAAGAAG